CAGCAGGAGCUGCCAUUCGCAGCAAACUACCCUCACUGCCUGUUUCCAGUGUCCAGUGUCCAGUGUCCACUGCCUAGUGUAGGAUCAACUGUUCACAAGAUAAGUUUAUGCAUCACUUUUGAGCUCCACUUGCAUAUUAACUCGAUCACCAUGUCGGCAGAAGGGGCCCAGGUCGUGGCAAAGGUCAACAGCAGCAUCAAUAUCCUCAGUGCAGCAGAGGAGGUGAAGGCAGACCUGGAGAUGAUCAUGAAGCCCUAUGCCAACUGGGAAGAGUUCCUGACACCAGGUCCUCUGUCCAUCGCCAUUCUAGGGGAGCUGAUAUUCAUUUCUGCAGCCGAGGCCUUCCAAGUGAAUCUCAACGUGUCUGGGAAAACAUUUCGCUUCCUACAGUACCCAGGGUCCUUCCACGCCUGCCUGAUGCAGGUGAGUGACCAAGGAUGGAAAGCCUUUAACAAAGCUCACAGGAAUAUGGACCAGAUCCGGCUCUACUCCAUGUUGGCUCCGAAGCAUCUGGCCAGCGCUGUGCAGGUGCUGAGCCGCCAGGACCCGAAGGUGGUCAAGGCCAUGCUGCCCAGCCGACUCAACAGCAUCCGAAAGGUGUCAGAGCAGUGCCAGCAGCUGGCAGUGUCCGUCGAGGAAGAGUUCACCUCGCUCAUCGAGCUGGUGCAGGAACUGCUGGAAUUCUGUGCCAGCUCCCGUACGGAGCACCAUGCAUCCCUGGAGCAGGUCAAGCAGACACUGGCAGAGUCCCAGUUCCGGAAGGAGGCAGCAGAGAAGGAAAAGCAGAGGGUGGAGGCGCAGUUCAGCGACAUGUGCGUCAAGAUGGAGGAGGCCCGUGCCGUGUAUCGAAAGGCAAUGAGGAUGAUCCCGACCGGGAAGAACCUGGUUGGGAUCUACGUCACUCAGUCCCUGCUUGACUUGACAAACAGCCUGGCUACAGAGCUGGUGACGAUGGGCAUGACCGAGCCCCUGAGCCUGGCCCUUGAAAUCAGUGAGACAGCAGCACGUCACAUCAAGAAGAAGGUGCAGAAAAAGAAGGCACCAGGCUCCACAGAUGAAGACGAGGACGAAGGUGAGAGCUUGGGGCAAUCAACCAGUGUCUACCUGAAAGGGAUGGAGAUGGUGAUGGCCAGCGCCCUCUUACAGGACCUCGUCUCGGAAAAGGGGACCAUCGACACCAGCAAGUUGCCCAGCGACAGCUCACAGAGUGGCAACUCCAUGGACUGCAAGCUCAUGUUUCAGAGCAGCCUGAGCAAGAUCGAACAGGAAGGGGACUGCAGAGCCAAGAAAGCAGCGGUGAAGCUGUGCGAGGACGGGGUCACAAUGUGCGAGAAGCUGGAGGAGGUUGCCAAAAUAGAGAAGCCCAGUGAGGCCCAGUUGGAAAGCCUUGCCACAGCCAUCAAGGAGCAGAACGCCAAUGUUCUCAAGUACCUUUCAGACAUCAAAAGAUCCACUAACACCCCAGCCUUUGCUCCUCAACCACCAAAUCUCACUCAAGCUGCCAACCUGGAGAAGGUAGAAGAAGGUCUUUCCAAAAUGGUUCUUGAUCAAGCCUGCUUUAAGGUAGAACAAGCAAAAACCCAACUGGAUUCAACCAGAGAAGAGUACCAGAAAAUGUCUGAGACAAAAGAGAAGGUGACUAAGGAGCUCGAUGAGAUCUUGAUCACUAUGAUGAGGUGUCAAGUGAAGGAGAUAGACUAUGACACAACUCUCAAGCUGCUUGUGAUUGGCCUGGAUGCACUGAGCCAGGUCAAAGAGCAGUGGGCCAAGAUGAGCAACUUCUUCCAAAUGAUGGCCAAUCUGAUUCAGGUCUCUCUCACUGACACUGUCACACAGUUCACCAGUGACAGCGAGGCUUACGAGCCAUUCCCAGGAUAUUCUGAAGAUGCUUUUGUCAAGGACAUGAUCUACACAGAAGCCUUUCAGGCUUGCAACAUUGCCAACCUCUGCCACAUGAUCUCAGGGACUUAUGUCGAGAUCUCUCAGAAGCAUCUCAGGGACCAAAUCUCCAGUUUAGAGACAAACAUCAAUAUGAAGCCCAAUGAUCCUAUGUUUAAUGUGAAGCGAAAACAACUUCAGGAAGGCUACAUUGCCGCAAAGGAGGCAGUCAAUCAACUGGUCAUGAAGAACAAACGGGAAUUUGAAAUUCAAAUACAACAGAGGAUUGAUAGCAUCAACUCCACAUUUAAAGGUGCCCUGCCUCUUACAGAGAGACAAUAAGGCACAGUGUGCAAGAGCAGUUUGAAGGAAGACCCUGAGGUUCCUCUACCUGACCGAAUGUUGCAGACAGCAUGUGAAUGUGCAGCUAUUGUAUGAAAAUAAUGCCCUAAAUUUUCCUUGUUGUCCACUCCGAGAAAGGUUCUGCUGAAGUCUUAGUUCUGGUUAGAAUGUAUCCAGUCACCCAUUCCCUCUCCCACCAGCUGAUUGACAUGGAUUUGAGCAGUUCCAUGGAAGGGAUGUAUUGGUUGGUCUCCUGACCAGGAGAGAUUUAUCCCUGGUUCACCAUUCCGGAUUGGCCUCUUUUUGUCUCCUGGGAAGAAUCUGGGUUCUCUGUGCAGAGGAGGACCCAGUUCCCAGCAAAUAUCCAUGAGGAUACAAGUCGAGUGAUUCUUCUCCUCCAUGUCUUCUUUUCUUGAUAGAAAAUCUCAGUACCUAUCCAAACAGGAAGGCUUGCUUUUCUACUGUGAAUUCACAGAUUCAACUAAUGAGACUCAGUAGGCAUGGUCAGCAACUGCUGUUCACGUGUAAACCACACACCAUCCUGACUUGGAUGUACACAGCCUUUCAUUCACCUUUACAAUAUCGAAAUCAUAAACCUGCUGAAAAUGAAGGCCACACUUGCAUUUAUCUAGCACUUAUCAUCAAUACUCCAGAACCUUAGGGACUUAUCAUCACCAUGAAGCAUAUGUCCCAGAGCUUCACAGUUGCUGUACUCUCUGCCCUUUGCGAAGGAAGAUCUGCAGCUUAUUUGUGCACAUGCAGCUUGAUAAUCCGUUCUGGUGACGUUUGUUGAGGGAUAAAUGUUGGCCGGGAGAUUGGAGAGUAUUCCUUGUUCUUCUUCUUUAACCAUUCCAUGGGAAUUUCUCUGUCCGAUGGAGAGGCAGGGUAUUGACUAUCUAUUGGGCAUUGAGGAGACACCUUCAUCACACCUAGCGGUUGAAGAAGGUGGCUCAUCACUAUCUUCAUAAAACUAACUGCUGCUGGGAGAUAAAUGUCAUCAGCAUCCACUUCCCAAAUAACAAAUGAAGUUGAAAUGUUGAUCAUCCUAGAAGUCAGGUAGUAAACUCAAAGUGAGUGUUCUGGAGUUUCAUGUUCCUUAGAUUGGCACUACAGUUACAUAUGGGAGCCAGAGUAAAGGCUGUCUCCAGAUGUGAAAGGAUUUAAAACUUUCCAAAAUAAUGUUAUUUCUUCGAGAUUUUCAAGGUUGCUUGAGCUGUGGUAACCAAUUCCAGAUGAACACAACCACACCCUCUGAAAUGGGUGAUUGAGUGUAAAGUCCCCAUUGGGAAUGACUUUCCAACAUCUUUCAAACUUACACUGUCCUUGUUCAGGUAUGAUGUGGAGGUGCUGGUGUUGGACUGGUGUGGACCAAGUCAGAAAUCACACGACACUACGUUAUAGUCCAAUGGGUUUAUUUGAAAUCACAAGCUUUCAGAGCAUAGCCCCUUCGUCACCUGAUGAAGGAGCAGCGCUCUGAAAGCCGUCAUUUCAAAUAAACCUGUUGGACAAUAGCCUCGUGUUGUGUAACGUCUGACCUUCUGACACAGUUUUACAUUCAGGUACAAUUCACCAUUGAUGGACAUAGGCUGAAUGUUCACUCUCAAUCAGGAGCCAAUCCCUGAGCAUGGGGCUGGGUCUGGCAUCUCAUGAAUAUGGGGUGAGGGCUAUGUCCCACCACACAAACAGCGAGCAGUAGCAAUCACACUGGGCAGGCAAUGGGGCAUUGAGUUUUCUGCCCAUCCCCCAUUUCCUAACACUGACAGGAAAUGUUUACAGAUGUCUAAAUAUUCCACCAAUUUCACCCAAUCCACCUCUGGUACAGCCCAGUGGGACCAAUACUGACCGAAAUCUGGCACAGCCCCUAAACUGCGUGGUUGCAAGGUGUUGGCUGGGAUAAUUCUUCAUCAAAAAUCUCUGGCCUGAUUUCAGUUUAGAUUAACAUAUUAAAAGUACACUUUCUGAUCCCUGUUUCCUUUCCAAAAGAACCAUGGUAUCUUUGACAUUCACCUGAGAGGGCAGGCAGGAACUUUUUUUUUUCAAAUAUCUCACAUGGUCAGUUACCACGCUGCUGUUGCCAGCUACAGCUGAGAAAAUGUGCAGUGAGGUGUGAAGGGCAGGGAGUUCAACUGGGAAUGGAAAGGACAGCUAAAGUAGGAAUGAGCACUGUCAAUGUUUCACUCUGAGAAAAUACCAACCUCAUUGAGCUAAUAUUCACUGUGAACAGUUGGGAACUAGAAGGAGAGAGAAUGGCAAUAUGUUACAAGGCUGGAUUCCAAUGUGUGAAUUCUAUCAGCUGUAUUUCAUGUAUUCUGACAAAAAGGCAAAAAGAUGUUUUAAUAAAUGAUGAUGAAAAGA